AUGGCCGAACGACCCCGGCCGACAGUCCUCCGGCGUGUCCUGACGGCAAUCAUCGACCCCGUUGAUCGCGAGGAACAGGGCUACCAUCAAUACCCUACAAUGCGCGGACUCCACGACCCAGAAAACGAGGGUCUAUAUAUGGGCUCCGCGAAUAAUCCCCAACUCGCCCGGCGCCUGACGGUAGCAACCACCCACGCCAGCACCUUGAUCCCCCCGUCAGACAAACUGCUCGUUUUCCGCGCUCUCACUGGCAUCGAUACCGUCCCGGCCCUAGCAAUCCCGCACCAUCAUCCACGUAGCGCGCCCAACGUCGGCAUCUACACGCGCGUCGUGCGCGCCGAGCAAGCCGCCGCACAGCAAUUCCGCUUUUUCAGCAUCCUCAUGAACACCUGCCUGGGCAUCCAGAUCGUGGUUGCGGCCGCGCUGACGGCCCUCGGCGCCGCGCGCGGGCCCCACAACGCCGUCACAGCCUUUGGCGCCAUCAACACUAUCAUGGCGGGUAUACUGACCUACCUCAAGGGGUCUGGGCUGCCCGAUCGUUUGAAGCACUACCAGAAUGAAUGGCGGAACAUCCGGGAGUAUGUUGAGCAACGAGAGCGCGAGUUCUGCCUGGACGGCUGCCAGCUGGAUGUCCAGGCGGAGGUUGUUUUCAUCGAGAGCAUGUACGAGGGUGUCAAGCGAGAGAUCGAGGCGACCAAGAGCGGGGAGAAUCGCUCGUCGGCUGGACCGGGGCAGAUGCGUCGGUCGUUUCUGCCGCAGGCGCGCGCACCUGAAUUGCAGAAGCAGCCUGGGAAGCCUGUUGCGGGCAGCCCGGUGUCUGUUCCUGAGCCGGUAUUGGAGAAGAACCAGCCCUAUGAACGGGUGUGA